AUGAGUGCUGAUUAUCCUUCAUUCCUUCAUCAAAGAAAUUAUGAACAUCUUUCAAGGUUCGACCGCGACGCGAGCUCGGUCGUCACGCGUCGAUACAGUGGCUGCCGGAACGGCAUCCCCGAUCCUAUAGAACUUGUGUUUUGCAACUCGGCACAUUCUGCCUCUUGGCACACUGCGCACCCACCGGCGUUUUCGAAUCGGAAGGAGGGAGGUGACUUUUUGCAAAUGUUAAUUCAGUAA